AUGGUUAAACGAAAUCUGUACGUUCUGCUCAGUCUCGGAGUAUUUCUGACCGUCUCGCUCUACUUGUACAAUGGAAUUGAGACGGGAACUGAUGCGAUUGCCAAAAGACAGGUUUGAAUGGAACCCUGAACACUAAUUUUCAAAUUUUGAUAAUUUAUUUUUAUUCAGCAGUACGUGGACGAUUUACGACGGAAAAUUACAAAUUUGGAGGAGGUAGCAGCUGAGAAUGGCAAGACAAUAGACCGGUUAGAGCAAGAGGUCCGACAAGCAAAGGCCGAGAAGUCGAUGGAUUUUGAUGAGGAGAAGGAGAAAACAGAAGAGAAAGAGAAGGAGGAGGAAGUGGCGGUGCCAGUGCGUGGAAACAGAAACAACAUGGCUCACAUCCAUCAGGUCCAGAAGCACACGAGGCCAACGCCUUCAAUGUCGAAUGUUUGCUCAAUCAGAGCCAAUGUAAGCGCUGCUCAUUCUGAUCUGCAGGUAGGAUCCUUUCCGGGAAACACGCAAUAUUAAAACAAUCACUCAGUUCAGAUGCUCGAUCUAUAUGACACGUGGAAAUUUGAGAAUCCAGAUGGCGGAGUGUGGAAGCAGGGCUGGAAACUGGAGUACGACACCGAGGAAGUGAAGAAAGAGCCCCGGUUGGAGGUGAUUGUCAUUCCGCAUUCGCAUUGCGAUCCCGGAUGGAUUAUGACUUUCGACGAAUACUACAACCGGCAAACGCGCAACAUUCUCGAUGGAAUGGCGAGGCAUCUGGGCGAGAAAGACGAAAUGAGAUUCAUUUACGCGGAAGUAUCGUUUUUCGAGAAAUGGUGGAAAGAUCAGACGGAAGAGAUUCGGCGGAAAGUGAGAGAGUACUUGGUGGCUGGGAAACUUGAGAUUGUGACUGGAGGCUGGGUCAUGACUGAUGAGGCCAACGCGCAUUAUCAUUCGAUGGUGACCGAGCUGUUCGAGGGACACGAAUGGAUUCUGAAUCAUUUAGGAAAACGUGAGUAAAUUAGCUCUACAACUCUCAUCAAAAAGUUAUUUCUAGAAGCUAUUCCAAAGUCACACUGGUCUAUCGAUCCAUUCGGAUUGUCGCCGUCUCUGCCACACCUUCUGACUUCUGCAAACAUCACCAAUGCUGUUCUGCAAAGGUAACAUCGCGAGUAGUCGAUAUUUACCAAAUAGUAUUAAAUUCAGAGUGCACUACUCCGUCAAACGCGAGUUGGCACUGAAGAAGAAUCUCGAGUUCUACUGGCGUCAACUGUUCGGAUCGACUGGGCAUCCGGAUCUCCGUUCUCACAUAAUGCCCUUCUACUCGUACGAUAUCCCCCACACCUGCGGACCGGAACCCUCCGUUUGCUGCCAAUUCGACUUCCGUCGGAUGCCCGAAGGCGGAAAAUCUUGCGAUUGGGGCGUUCCUCCGCAGAAGAUCAACGAUGGAAAUGUGGCCGAGAGAGCCCAUAUGAUCUAUGAUCAAUAUAGAAAGAAGAGUCAGCUCUUCAAGAAUAGCGUCAUUUUCCAGCCGCUUGGCGACGACUUCCGAUACGACCUCGAUUUUGAGUGGAAUUCACAGUACGAGAACUACAAAAAGCUGUUCGAGUACAUGAAUUCACAGCCAAAUUGGAAUGUGCACGCGCAGUUCGGAACUCUUUCCGACUACUUUUCCAAACUCGAUUCCGCGAUCGCUCAGUCCGGAAAGGCUCUUCCGACGCUCUCCGGAGACUUCUUUACCUACGCCGACCGGGAUGAUCACUACUGGAGCGGAUAUUUCACUUCCCGUCCGUUCUACAAACAACUAGAUCGGGUGCUUCAGCACUAUCUCCGUUCAGCUGAAAUCGCUUUCAGUCUUGCGAACAUCGAGGAAGAGGGAAUGGUCGAGCGGAAUAUAUUCGAGAAGCUCGUCUCUGCUCGUCGCGCUCUCUCGCUUUUCCAACAUCACGACGGUGUGACUGGAACUGCCAAAGAUCACGUCGUUCUGGAUUACGGACAGAGAAUGAUCGAUGCCUUGAAUGCUUGCGAAGAAGUUCUCUCCGAAUCUCUUGUCGUUCUGCUCGGAAUCGAUUCAACGAAGAAAAUGGAAAUGGACGAGUGGCGGCAGAAUGAGAAUGUUCUGCCGACGAAGCGCGUGUACAGCAUCGGACAGUACGUGCUAACAUUUAUAAAUCUAAACAGACCUUCCUUUUCAGAAACGUCGUUCUAUUCAACACUUUGUCCCGUACGCGCAUCGAGCCUGUUUGCAUUCAUGUCGAUUCUUCCGAUGCUGCUGUUGAAGCCGAUCCGCCAAUUGUAACAAAUUCUAUAAGCGCCAACUUAUCCAAUUUUUAUAAUUCCAGCAAAAGCAACAGAUCUCCCCAGUUUUCGGGUACAACGAAGACGAGAAGAAGUUGAUUGUCAAAAAAGGAACGUUUGAGCUCUGUUUCCCGAUGACUCUGGGCCCGAUGGAAGCAGUCAGUCUGAAACUUGUCAAGAGCACCACGACUUCGAAGGCUACUGUCAAAACGAACAACGGCGAGCUUCAAGUGUAUGUGGAAGAAACUUCAAUUGAAUUCAAACAGCCAUAAUUCGUUUUUCAGUGACUCCAUAUUCACAUCGUCCACGGUUUCUGGCGAUUUCACAGUUCAAAAUGACAAAGUGAAAGUCGAAUUUGACGGCGAAAACGGAAUGGUCAAGAAGGCAACGAGUCUGGUUGACGAUAAACCGAUCGAUUUGAACGCGCACUUUGUGCACUACGGAUCACGGAAAUCGAGAAAGAAGUGUGAGUUAUUAGCGAGUUUAUUAG